AUGAAUGAAGUUAAGGCAACUCCUACCACGAAGGUAGAAGACUUAGCAGAAAAAAUCCCUACGUGUGGAGCACUGGAGGAUGAAGAGUGUUUUGAGGAUAUACAAGACGCAUAUGACCAAUUGAAUGUACAAUUCCUCAAACAACAAAAGAAAGUGUUUUCCUUCAAUGAUCGGGUUAACUCAAGUAAAGAAGAUAGAAAAGCACUUCAUCUGGAUCUCGUGAAGCCCAAGACACAAAUAUGUGGACUAGAGGAAGACAAGAAAUCUUUCCUCGAUAGAGUAAGCUUCUUUGAAAGAGAAGAUUAUGAGCUUGUAAA